CUUCCUCAUAGUGAUACAAACAUAUCUGCAAUUUUAAACAAUGAUGAUUAUAAAAAUGAUAUAGAAAAUAAUAAUUAUCAAGAUUCAUAUGAAGAAAAUAAUGAUCGUCAAAAUUUAUUUGAAGAAAAUGAUCAAAAUUUACUUGAAGAAAAUGAUGAUCAUCAAAAUUUAUUUGAAGAAAAUAAUCAAGAUUCACUUGAAGAAAAUGAUGAUCAUCAAAAUUCAUUUGAAGAAUCACUUGAAGAAAAUGAUAAUCAUUAA